CACAGUCUAUCCAUCUGCUUUCCCAACAGCAGAGACCAUGGUGGAGAGUGUUGUAUCAAGCCUGGACCUGAGAACACCAGAGACCAGAUAUGGAUUCCUCAGAGCUGUAAGACUUGUGACCAUGUUGAGGACUCCACACACUGGCUUCAGAUUGAACCCUUGACUUCCACUGUCCAGGGAGUGACAAUGUUCAGGCACAGGACACCCAAAGGGCGUUAUGAGUGCACAGUGUCUGGGCUCCGCUGGGUGUGUGACAGAGAUGUCAUUCUGAAGUAUCACUUCAGGAACUGGGAACCCUACAGUCAACUUCUGAAAGACAUGCAGUACGGACAAGGUGGUCCAUUGCUGGACAUCACUAUGGAGUUAGGUGAACUGGAGGAAGUUCAUCUGCCACACUUUGUCUGUUUAGGGACCAACCCUUCCCUGAGGAAUGAGAUGAAGAUUCUUCAUGUAGAGGAACAUGGAGUGUCUGUUGAGGAAGUGCAUGAGGUCACCAGAUUCCAUGCUAAGAUUCUCCAUCCCAAGUUCUCAGUUAUCUCUGUUAUACUGAGCUAUAUCUUUUGGCGGAACAUAGAUGUCCACUGUGAGCUGAUGCUCUAUCUGACAGUGAAAAAGCAAACACUAAUUCCACGCCUAUACCUGUUCCCCAGUAACCCCAGCCAAAUACAGGCUGUGGAACAACAGGAAAAGUCUCAAGGGUCUUCAAGGGUUCUCAUCACAAGACCAGAACAGGCCUUCAAACUGAAUAGUUUCUUCAGACUGAACAUUCCCUGUUCUACCUACAUCAAUCCACAGAAGAUUCAUCUCAUACAUAGAGACUCCACACCAAGCUUUUUCAAGGCGGUUUUGAAAAUGACAGGGGUUGAUAUUGAGAUGGAGUUAUUCGGUGAUGAUGAGAGGAUUGCAUGGAAAGAAGUGGUAUCACAAGAUGAAUACAUCACUGCCACCCAUUCAACAACAUUAACAGUCCCUGACAUUCCUGCUGAGGAGUUUCUGAAGAAACACUGGGCUAAACUAAUUCAGCGAACCAAAAAACUCAAUGCCAAUAGCAGAUGAUCUGUGGUCAAAGAACAUGAUUGGUGAAGAAGAGCACUCCAGAAUAACAGCUGAAACAACUGAACAGGACCGAAUGAGAAAACUACUGAAAGCAGUCAUCCCCAAAGGACCAGAAGUGACGGGAGCUUGUCUCAAAGCUCUCGUUGAACAUGAAAACCAUCUUGUUAAGGACUUGAGUGAAUCUAGGUAAGACAGUUUUCAUUGCUCCCUCCCUUGAAUAUGUGUAAUGA